GUUUUUUUGUGCGCAAUCGAUCGCAGCAGCCAGCAGAGGAAAAAGUUAAAUUUUUCUUCCGAUAAUCCUGCUCGUCCAGCUCCGUGUGUGCCGUCGUCGUCGUCUGCAUCCGUGCAAUGAUGUAGAGGACUUCACCCGUUCGGCCACGGUUCAAAGUGAAGUCCAAGCCCAACCAGAUAUUACAAGAGCAACCGAGAACGGAAGUGCCGAUAGCCAGCAAGUAGUCUUGAGUGCGUGCGUGCGUGCGUCAAGGCAUCGUUCCCCAAAGCAAAACCCCAAGACCCGCAGACCCACGGCAGGCCAAGGGAAAAAUACAGAUUGCGUGUGUUCUUGCGUGCGUGCGUGCGUGUGUUUGUGCGUGUGUGUGGGAAGAACGGACGGAUAUAGUUGGUAGUGUUUUUCGUCUCUUCCCGAAAUCUUCUCCACGGUCGUGGCGAGUGGUGAUGCUGCCGCUGAAGUGUACGAGACAAAAUUGAUUGAUCCCGGACGAAUCGCGUAAAAGGGGGAACCACCACCACACGCAUCGACGGCUGCGAGAGACACGGCCGAAGCGCGAAACGGUCCGAGUGAUUCAGGGCGAGCCAGAAAACACCAGAUCAACGGACGGAACAAGUGUAGAGAUCAGCCGCCACCAUGGAGUCGCUAAUUCCGAUUGUGAACAAGCUGCAGGAUGCGUUCACCCAGAUGGGUGUGCAUAUGCAGCUGGACCUGCCACAGAUUGCCGUGGUCGGUGGCCAAUCCGCAGGAAAGUCGUCUGUGCUGGAAAACUUCGUCGGAAGAGACUUCCUGCCUCGUGGCUCCGGUAUCGUUACUCGUAGACCUUUGAUUCUGCAGCUUAUCAAUGGAACUGUCGAAUUCGGUGAGUUCCUGCAUCAGAAGGGAAAAAAGUAUACAAACUUUGAUGAAAUUCGGGGCGAAAUUGAGGCUGAAACGGAUCGCGUUACCGGCAGCAACAAGGGCAUCUCGAACAUACCUAUUAACCUACGGGUGUACUCACCUCAUGUACUCAAUCUGACGCUUAUCGAUUUGCCCGGUCUGACGAAGGUGCCGAUCGGUGAUCAGCCGGCCGACAUUGAGAAUCAAAUUAAGGGCAUGAUUUUCCAGUUCAUCCGCAAGGAAACAUGCCUGAUUCUGGCCGUCACCCCGGCCAACACCGAUUUGGCGAACAGCGAUGCCCUAAAACUGGCCAAAGAGGUCGAUGCACAGGGUGUGAGAACGAUCGGUGUUAUCACUAAGCUCGAUCUCAUGGAUGAGGGUACAGAUGCGAGGGACAUCCUCGAGAACAAGCUGCUACCAUUGCGCCGUGGUUACAUUGGCGUCGUAAAUCGCUCGCAGAAGGAUAUCGAAGGACGCAAGGACAUUCACGCUGCGCUUGCCGCUGAGCGCAAGUUUUUCCUUAGCCACCAGAGUUAUCGGCACAUGGCCGACCGACUGGGUACACCUUAUCUGCAGAAGGUGCUCAAUCAGCAGCUGACUAAUCAUAUCCGCGAUACGCUGCCGGCUCUGCGCGAUCGUCUACAGAAGCAGUUGCUCACACUCGAGAAGGAUGUUGAACAGUUCAAGCACUUCCGACCGGACGAUCCGAGCAUCAAAACAAAGGCUAUGUUGCAAAUGAUCCAACAGCUGCAGUCCGACUUCGAGCGCACAAUUGAAGGUUCCGGUUCGGCGCUGGUUAAUACCAACGAGCUGUCCGGUGGUGCUAGGAUCAAUCGAAUUUUCCACGAACGAUUGCGCUUCGAAAUUGUCAAGAUGUCAUGUGACGAGAAGGAGCUGCGCCGUGAGAUUUCGUUCGCCAUUCGUAACAUCCACGGUAUUCGCGUCGGUCUCUUCACACCGGACAUGGCGUUCGAGGCAAUCGUCAAGAAGCAGAUUGCACAGCUGAAGGAACCCAUCCUUAAGUGUGUCGAUCUGACAGUGCAGGAGUUGUCUAACGUGGUUAGAAUAUGCACAGAUAAGAUGGCACGCUAUCCACGCUUGCGCGAUGAAACGGAACGUAUCAUCACGACGCACAUCCGGCAGUGCGAACAGAAAUCGAAGGAGCAGAUGAUGUUGCUGAUCGACUACGAGUUGGCCUAUAUGAACACCAACCACGAGGAUUUCAUUGGCUUCGCAAAUGCUCAAAACAAAACUGAAAAUGCGGUCAAGACGGGUACGCGCAACCUAGGAUCACAGGUGAUCCGUAAGGGUCAUAUGUGCAUUCAAAAUCUGGGUAUCAUGAAGGGUGGUUCCCGACCCUACUGGUUUGUGCUAACGUCCGAGAGCAUUUCCUGGUUCAAGGAUGAAGAUGAGAAGGAGAAGAAAUUUAUGCUGCCGCUGGACGGCCUGAAGCUACGAGACAUCGAGCAAGGCUUUAUGUCGCGGCGCCAUACCUUCGCGCUAUUCAAUCCCGAUGGCCGGAAUGUGUACAAGGACUACAAACAACUGGAACUGUCCUGCGAAAGUACCGACGAUGUAGACUCGUGGAAAGCAUCUUUCUUGCGAGCCGGUGUCUAUCCCGAGAAAGAUGCUCCUGCCAAUGGCGACGAGACUGAAGGAUCGGAGAAAGCUCUAUCACAAUCUCAAUCUGUGGUAGAAAAUCCAAAUAACUCAAGUGGUGAUGAAAGCAGCGAGGUCGGCCAGAGUGCCGGUUCGUUGGAUCCUCAGCUGGAGCGACAAGUCGAGACGAUCCGCAAUCUGGUGGAGUCUUACAUGCGCAUUGUCACCAAAACUACGCGCGACAUGGUCCCGAAGGCCAUCAUGAUGCUUAUCAUCAACAAUACCAAGGAUUUCAUCAACGGCGAGCUGUUAGCCCAUCUAUAUGCUACCGGUGAUCAGGCUUCGAUGAUGGAGGAAAGCGCUGAUGAAGCACAAAAACGCGAAGAGAUGCUGCGAAUGUAUCACGCCUGUAAGGAAGCACUGCGCAUCAUUGGUGAUGUGUCAAUGGCUACCUUUACGACACCUGUUCCGCCGCCGGUGAAAAACGAUUGGCUGUCGAGUGGUCUCGACAACCCGCGACUAUCCCCACCAAGCCCUGGUGGUCCCCGUAAAGCUGCUCCGCAGCAACAGGGAUCGCUUGGUUCCAUGGGAGGUGCUCCUGCUGGUCGUGGUCCGCCACCGGCACCGGCCAGUGCACGGCCUGCUCCGGCAAUACCGAAUCGUCCUGGUGGUGGAGCUGCCCCACCGUUGCCGGGUGGCCGACCAAGUGGCCAAGCCCUACCGGCGCCUCUGAUUCCAUCGCGACGUUAAAAACUAACUAAAAAGUAGCGAUCAAAGCGAAGACAACCACAAAAACUGAAACAGUCUUCUCGCGAUUUCAACAUGCUAUUUCUGUAGAAUUAUAAAUAUUGACAUGAAACCUCUAUCUACACAUACACACACGCGUUAGACGGCAGAUGGUUAGCGCAGAGCAAGGAUUGAUUAACGAUACGGGAGAUGGGAGUAAUGCGAAAAAAAUACUCUUACAUUAAGAACCCGUUUAGUCAAAACAAGAAACGCCAGCAGUAUAUGAACAUAUGAAACCCAAAACGGAUAUCGCAAUACUCGUUCAUGGCGAAUAGAAGUAUCGGAUAACGCGAAGCAUUGAAAAUAGUAAACCCUAUGUGGUAGCUUCCUUUUAGGCGCGUUUAAACGUAAAUCAUCACUAAACCACUCACACUCAGCAACAACAUAACGAAUCAACGAAACAUAUAUCGCAGGUACAAUGUACAAAAAAGAAGGAAAAGCAAAUCGAAAAUCAUGUUGCGCAUACAUAAACCCUAUUUACCAAUUGAUGUUUAGGGAAGAGAUGGACAAAAUCAAGCACGAAAGCCUUCUAUAGUUGUCCUGUCCUAAGGACCACGAAUUGGAUGUUUCAGAGUGGAGUGAACAAAAUGCCGAUAGUAAAAAAGGGCACUAACCCUAUUCAGUUCACUUUUCAGUUCUCGAUAAAAGCAUUUUGAAUUGCGACCCGUUGUUGAAAGAGAUGAAACAGAUUUAUAAAAUUGUCCGAUAGAAAAAUUGAGCGAUAAAGGCUCAACUUCAUGUGUGUGGUGGUGGUGUGGCGCCCAAGUUAGUUAGUUUUUUUUUGUUUCGCCAGUAUGUGCGUUAGGAUGUGGAGAUGGGUUUCAUAAAUAAGGAAGAUGACACCCUGGUGUGUCCAUCCGUGUGUGUGUGUACAUCUAUGUUUUGGGGAUACCUUGGUGCACACGUUAGCAAAUCGAAGGAACAGGCGAACAUGUUUCCCAUGUUAACCAUUACUUUUCCCGUCUUCCUUCCUUCCCAUUCGAUUCGACGCACAUACAUAUUCGUCGCCAUCUAAUGUCGUAUGAUAAUAUUCGCUACCAUGGCUACAGACGUCCUGGAGGUGCCGGCGCAGGUAUGGCGCAGAUGAUUCCGGCCAGCACGAGACAGCAAAUCAACCAGCAGGUUGGCCAGGCCGUGACCAACGCCGCCAUGAACGAGCUGUCGAACGUGUUCGCUUCGAAGUUC